GCGGACGCGUCAUAUUCCGGCGCCGUCCCCGCGAUCCCGGACUCAGCCACAGCCCCAGCCACAGCCCUGGCCUGGCAGCCCCGGCGUCUCUUCGGAGCGCGGUGGCAGCUGACUGCGUGUUCACGACCCGCUGGGAGCCGCGAGUCCCGCCGCCGUUAUGAACAUCCGCAAUGCGAGGCCAGAGGACCUGAUGAACAUGCAGCACUGCAACCUCCUGUGCCUACCCGAGAACUACCAGAUGAAAUAUUAUUUCUCCCAUGGCCUUUCCUGGCCCCAGCUCUCUUACGUCGCUGAGGAUGAGAAUGGGAAGAUUGUGGGGUAUGUCCUGGCCAAAAUGGAAGAGGGCCCGCACAAUGUGCGCCAUGGACACAUCACCUCGCUGGCUGUGAAGCGUUCCCACCGGCGCCUUGGCCUGGCUCAGAAGCUGGUGGACCAGGCCUGCGGAGCCAUGAUCGAGAACUUCAAUGCCAAAUACGUCUCCCUGCAUGUCAGGAAGAGAAGGUUCUUAUCAGUUAUCUAUUUUAUACAUAUUUGUGUAUAUAUGUCAAUCCCAAUCUCCCAGUUCAUCCCACCACCACCAGCGGGGAUACUGCCUCGAUGUGGAUCUUGGGCUGCCUUGGCUUUUGGAGAAGAUCGGGAAGUGGGCUUAGUGGGGAGGGGGACCGGGAGGAGGGGCAAGACCUGCAUGUGCUGUCCCUGCCUGGCCUCGUCUGUACAGCUCAGCAGUGCCUUAUUCCCCUGCAGUAACCGGGCCGCUCUGCGCCUCUAUUCCAACACCCUCAACUUUCAGAUCAGCAAAGUGGAGCCCAAAUACUAUACAGAUGGAGAAGACGCAUACACGAUGAAGCGGGACCUCACCCAGAUGGCCGAUGAGGUAAGAGUCCUGCAGAAAAAGGCCAGGAAGGACAUACCAAACGAAUAACUAUGGUUACCUCUGAAAGGUGAGGAAGACGACCAGGAUUGGUAGCAGCGGUCAAAGAGGAUUUUAGUCCUGUCUGUAACGUUUUCAUUUUUUAAAGGAAAAUAUAUUUAUGUAUUACUUAUAUAAUUAAAAAUCAAAUAAAAGAAAGAGUUGUCAAAAAGGAAAGAGUUA